AUGGUCAAAUGGACAGACUUCGAGCGCGCCACCAUCUCGGACAUCUUCUCAAAGAUAGAUUCUGACAUUGUGGGCCCUGCAGCUUUCGCCAGGUGCCUAAUUGUCUACCCCUGGACCCAGAGAUACUUUCGUGGUUUUGGAAAUCUCUACAAUGCUGCUGCUAUACAAUCAAAUCCGAAGGUUGCAGCUCACGGAAAGGUUGUCCUUGCUGGUCUGGAGCAAGCACUGAAUAACAUGGACAAUAUCAAACAAACAUAUGAAAAGCUGAGCAUUCUGCACUCCGAGGAACUGCAAGUGGACCCUGACAACUUUAAGCUCCUGGCUGACUGCCUGACCAUUGUGAUUGCCAGCCAGCUGGGUAAAGACUUCACUCCUGAGGUCCAGGCAGCUUUUCAGAAGUUCCUUGCAGUGGUGGUGUCCGCCCUGAGGAAGCAGUACUACUAGCAAUCUUUCUCAAAGAAUCAUUACUCUGUACCUACCUAGUGAAUCAGAAAAGGCUCUUGAUGAAAAGUUGUUUCUUUGUCCGUGUAUUUGUGAUCAAUAAAGAUGCUCUAAAAUGAA